AUGAAAUACCAUCCAAGACACUGCCGUCCGCCUCGUAAACAUCUUAUCUUUCUGCAACACUUGGUGGCCGUGAUUUUGAGCAUAUACGGGGACCUUCAGCUCGUGUCACUGUUGGCUGUAGUCGUGAAUUGGCAUGUUAUUUUACAGACAGGACACCUGAACGCAAAGUUUCUAAAAGGCUCAGGUUGCUCCAAAAAGUGUUUGUACAUUGACAGUAGAACAUCGUUCGAGCAUUUUCAAAAGCUUAACAAAGUCAAAGCUAUUGUCUCACUUGUGAGCACAAAAGAACUCUUUAACAGUACAGUCAAAGCUCGAUAUAGUGAUAUGGAUGGUGAACAGAAAUUUUAUCACUAUCACUAUAUUGAGCGUAAUUUUUUUCUUACUCAGCACAUUUUUUAG